AUGGGGUGCAGAUGGGAACCUUCUCUUCGCAUGACCCCGGACCAGGCCCUCAAGCAUGCUUGGAUUCAUCAGUCUAGGAACCUCAAGCCACAGCUCAGGCCCCAGACCCUGAGGAAAUCCAGUUUCGUUUUCCCCUCUGAGACAAGGAAGAUCAAGGUUCAAGGCCGUCAUCACUCGAGCAAAAAAGAUACAGCCUCAGAUGAGAUCACCAAAGAGACUACAGACAAAACAAAAGAUGGCCCCAUGAGGCAUAUUCAGCAUUCGGGUGAUCAGCGGGACUCUCUCCAGCACACAGCUGACACUGUUCAGCUGCCUCAACUGGUAGAAGCUCCCCCGAAGUCAGAGGCAGCUGUUGGGGCAGAAGUCUCCAUGACCUCCACAGGACAGAGCAAAAAUUCCUCCCCAAAGAACACAAACAUUUUACCCCCUAUUGUAUGACCUUUGCUGAGAGUGUGUCCUGCUCCUUUCCACCAGUGAUUUGUAUUAAGACAGCACUUAUAUUGGACAAUACUUCAGACUGUUGCUUUUUAAUACAUAAAAGUUUAUUUAAAAAAAAACUCUAUUAAUAUGGCCAGUUGGCAUGAUUUCUCUUAUGAGGGAUGGGGGAGGAUGUCCUCACACUUAAAUUCAUUCCAUAUGUGUUUGUGUGUUGGUGUGGGAAUAGUUUUUAACUAUUAAUGUUAUAGAAUCAUUAAUGGAACUCUAAACAAAUACAUUUUUUUUGUUGUUCUUGCUCGUGACUGCCAACUUAUGUCAGGAUUUUUGUUUGAAAAUGAUAGAAGCUGAAUUCAAAAGUAGCUUAAACAACAGAAGACAUUUAUUGACUUAUAUAAUUGGGGAAUCAGAAAGGGUAGAUGUAGUUUCAGGCACAGCGGGAUCCAGGAAUUCAAAUGAGGUUGUAGGGUUCAGACUUCCUCUUCAUCUAUUAACCUUGCUUCUCUCUAUGGUUAACUUCAUCCUGAUGACAGGCUCUGCCCAGAAAUUAACCACCAACAUCCAGUCAAAAGAUGCAGGCUUCUUUGCUGACAGGAAGUCUCCAAAAUGAUUGUGACACAGAAACUGUGCCUGGGAGACUGGGAUGCUUGGCCAGUCAGGGCCCCAAGCCCACAGGGAUGGUGAAGGUACUGUGACUGAUGCUUCUCUAGACUACAGCAAGGGAUGGAAGUUUUCCCAAAGGAGGGGAACAAGCAGGACACAUUCAUUUAUCUACCAUACCACAAAUCUAAGUAUGCCUUCUUACUUCCCUUUCUAAUCCUUAUCUACACAAAUACAUAACCUUUAUGUGAUUAUAAUAGGGCAGAUAGAAUUCUACAUGAAACAAGAUUAUAACAUAAGAAACAAUAUAGAAUAUAUAAAAAUAGUUUUAGUUUUCUUUUUUACUUGCCAUUUGGAAUAACCUCCCCUCAAUACACUUUUCAUUUUAAUUGUUGCAUAACAUUUUAUGAACAUUGGCACCAAGUCAUUAAAGCAAUGGAUUUGGAUGCAAUCUCCCAGGGAAGAUCUUGAGUUAGAAUAGCAGAGGGUUGAAAGAAAGUCCUAGGAAAGAUAAACAUAAAAGGAGUUGACAGAGUUGAGGAGGUCCCCCAAGAGACCCAGAGAUACAGGAAGAAAAUUAGAAGCCAAUGGAAAAGUUUCUAAAAGGAAAGAAGGGUCAAGAAUAUAAAAUUCCACAGAAAAUUCAGGAUAAGAACAGAAAGUAUUUCUUAAGUAGGGUGAUAUGUAUAUUAAGUCAGAGCAGUAUUAGAACAGGUAUCUUAUCCCAGGUUCUAUAGCCAGCCAGAAAGCAACAAAACCAGCAACAGAAUUCAGAUCCUUGGGAAUAUUCUUGACACGAACUUCAACCAUGGAUGAAGUCGGAGGCGGACAUUGUCUGCAGCUCUACAGAGAAAGGGAAACCAAGUCUUCAACAUUGUAAUUGGGAUGAUUUUGAUUGAAUAUUAGAAAGUAUCUUCUGAUUUUCAUGGUUAUAAAAGGCUAAAAUGAA